CAUGUGCACAAACAUGGCCUUCUUGGGACGUGCAGCUUUUUGCCGGUCAUUUGUACAACCGCAGUCACAAUCGCGCUCGUUCGCCAUUUUAACUCAAAAUCCGAAUCUAGUUUCGAUUCAGUCAGCGUUCGGUUUGUUGUGUCUUCGCCAAUUCUCAAGUAAAAAAAUGGGUUUACCUCGUGUGUUUUUCGAUAUGACUGCUGAUAAUCAGCCCGUUGGUCGCAUCGUAAUGGAACUGCGUUCCGACGUUGUACCAAAGACCGCUGAGAAUUUCCGUGCACUUUGUACACAUGAAAAGGGAUUCGGAUUCAAGAACUCAACAUUCCACCGUGUCAUCCCCAAUUUCAUGUGCCAAGGAGGUGAUUUCACCAAUCACAAUGGUACCGGAGGCAAGUCCAUCUAUGGCAACAAGUUCAACGAUGAAAACUUCGCCUUGAAGCACACUGAACCUGGUUGUUUGUCCAUGGCCAAUGCUGGUCCCAACACCAACGGAUCGCAAUUCUUCGUGACCACCGUUAAAACAGCGUGGUUGGAUGACCGUCACGUUGUUUUUGGCAAAGUUGUUGAGGGUAUGGAUGUUGUUAAGAAGAUUGAGGGCUAUGGUAGCCAAUCUGGCAAAACAAGCAAGAAAAUUGUCGUCGCCGAUUGUGGUCAACUUUAAGAAAGCCCAGUCGCAAGCGUAGUUUAUUCCCAAUACAUAAAAACAUAAAAAAAAAAACGUUUAAAACCCUAAAAACAACAACUACACACAAAAGCAGAUAUAUACAAUUGAUGAAAUUAAAAAAAAAUAUGAUAAAAGAAGAACACUUUUAAAGUAUAAGUAACAGCAGUUAAGAAGUUUAACAUUUAAAAAAUUUAAUAAAUUUAAUUAACUAAACAGGCUAUUGUAUUUUUUUUAAUAGGUAUUCGAGUUCUUUUAAUUAUUUACUUAACUCUGAGAGAAACUUAAAUCUUACUAGAAACUCCCUCCUUAACAUGAGUAACGUUCUAAUAAUACCUACAACAUUAGCAAAUAAUUUGCUUUUGUCUCCUUAAGUUGUGGACUGUAGAAAUAUUUUGUACUUUUGAUUGAAACUUGUAUUUUUUUCUUCAUAUGAAUGAUUGUGAAAGAAGGUUAUGAAUAAAGAAGAUUGAAUAAAAUA